GCUCGUCUUGCGCGUGCGCUCCAGGCUUCGUGCCGGACUGGAGCAGCCGGAAAUCGAGGUCGCUGGCGUGGGGUGCUGGAGGCUUGGCUGGCCGGUGGCCUGAGCCGGCUAGCUGCUGUCCUGACGAUGUCGGUGUUUCACGACGAGGUGGAGAUCGAAGACUUCGAGUACGAAGAGGAAACAGAGACGUAUUUCUACCCCUGUCCUUGCGGGGAUAACUUCGUCAUCACCAAGGAAGAGCUCACCCUAAGACUCAGAGCCACAAAGGUCUGUGGAGAACAUUCGGUCCAAUCCGAUCGUUUCCUGGCCCUUCUCUAUGAAAAGGAAGAUUUGGAGAACGGGGAAGAGGUGGCCACCUGUCCCAGCUGCUCCCUCGUAAUCAAGGUGAUCUAUGACCGAGAUCAAUUUAUGUGUGGGGAAACAGUCUCUGUACCUUCGACCAGCAAAGAGUUAGUUAAAUGCUGAAGAAAGCUUUGAAAACCUAAUUUGUACCGCAUAACCAAAGGAUGUGCCCAGAUGGAUAUUAAAUGUGAAACUGAAAACUUCUGAAUAACAAGAGAGGCCUUUGGGGUUUUUGUUCUUGCUUGCUUGCAGUGUAUUGUAAAGCAUAGCUUCUUUACAUCAAUUGCCACAUUUAUCUUGAAAAUAAGAACUGAAUUGACAGAGGGGACAAACCUAGAUUUUUAUAAUUGAACUUGAGUUUCAAUUUCAGUCAAAUUUUUCAUUUUCCAGAAUUCAAAAGAAGAAUAAUUUCAAAUCAGAAUCAUUUAUAUCAUAAAACCUAUUAACUUUGACAUUUGUUCUUUGCAGAGUAUCAUCUACCUCCAUAAUUAGUGGAGCAUCACUGAUGCUCAUGUAAUUGGCUUCAACAGCAGAAACCUUGUCAGUAGCUGAAUUGUAAUAGUUCUAGGUGUGUGCAUUGUCAUCUUGUUUUCUGUCAUAUCCUGACUUCAUUAAGUAAAAACAAUGGAUAUGAAGAGGAAAAUAAGUGACCUCUAUCCUCAGAGGAUAAAGGUCUUCUGUGUCUUAGAUACUAGAAACAAGACUCAAUGUGAAAUUGCAAGAGACCUUGGAAUUCUCAUGUCAUGCUUUCUCAAAACCAAGAGGAGCAUAAAAAGGCAAGCAUUAGGGCUUGAUGAGAAGAAUAAAGUAGUGGCCAAAGGGAAAAAAAUGAAAGGCGCAAAUCCUGUUGAGUCAGGAAGUGAACCAGUUGAUUAUUCUAAACCAGAGCCAAUGGUGUCUCUGUGUCUGAUCAUUUUCUAGAGUAAAAGCCAUUGUAAUGGCACCAAGGAAGGUGGCUUUGUGUAUUUUAGUGUCAUUACAGCAUUGUGUCCACUGCAUGUAAAAAAGGUGAAGCAUUUCCAUUAACCAUACCCAUUGCUGAAGAUCAUCUUUAAAAUGUGAGUGAGGUCCAUUCUGGAUGACAGCACUAGUAAGGACACAUUUGAGGCAGGUGUCAUUUAAGUGAUUUACAACCAAGUCAGAUCCUAGUAGCCCUAAAAGAGGAAGCUUGCUGUGGAGGGAGGGGGAAAAAAGACAUGUGGACAAGUCUUUGCUGUUGUGAUGAUAGUAGUGAGAAAUUAGAGCUGUUUGUGGGAAAAUUGGGAAAUCCACAGCUCAUGAAAGGCGUGAAUCAUCUUCCUUGUGAAUACUAAGUUAGCAAACAUGCAUUGAUGACUAAAAAGUUAUUUUGGUAUUGACUUCUGCAAUUAGAAAAAGUGGCUUGCCAAAGGAGAUAUUUUGUUGCUGUUAGAUGUGCUGUGCAUACCCAUAUUUAAAUUAAAACAUGUGCACGUUCCUUUUCUGCCUGCCAGUCCUACAAGGUAUACACAAACUUAGUAGACCAAGGGAUGAUGAACUAAAAGUUAAGUAUCUGAAGCACUUGGUUACAUGAAGUGCGAAGGAAUGUAGCUGUUGUAGAAAUAUGGAAAUGACAUUUGAUGCAGUGAGGAGCACCCUUGCUGCAUGGGACGCAGUCUCAUGCAAAAGCAAAGCCGGCCUUGAACACCAAAAGGAGCGUCCACACUGACCCAGACUAGAAUGAGCUACAGAAAUGGAUUGUCCAAUCAGUGUGGAUGUUUUUGUAAAUGUUGGCUACCUCUGCUGUUAUUGUGUCAGCAACAGGCACCUCGAAUUGGAAAUUUGUAGCGAGUAUAAAGGAAGAAGAGAAAGAAGCUGCUUAAGCCUGGGAAUCCUGCAAGAAAAGAAGCUUGGACGAUGUGAGCAGUGACUGAAUUUGUGAUACAUUAGAGUGCCUUGAGUGACUGUCCACAGCAUUGGGCAGGACUGCUGAGUUUGUUGGAGGGUCUAAACCACGGGGAAAAGCCCAAGUUCACAGUUGUAUUUCUGACAUGUAACUGGUUUCCAGUCACCUAAAACUAAGAAAUUCUUGCCCGUUCAUUUCUUCUUUGACUCCCUUCUAGUAGCCUUCUUGUUUAUUGUGUUUGCAGCUCUUGAGCGUGAGCCAAGCUGCUGCCAGUCCAAGCUCUGCUCCCUGGUGCUGGCCUGCUAUGGCCUGCUAUGGCCACUCACGGCAUUUCUUGGAUGGGGGUGGCUCGUUGUGGGACCUGGAGAAAUUCUGAAGUGAGGAGUGUGCAGAUGAGAUGUAUAGAAGGUGUCUGGGGCCUGACUAGGGCUAGGAACAGGGUGACACAAGGCAGUUCUGUGUCUAGAUUGGCAUGAUGGUAUGGCAGCUCCAAAGAUGUCUUUCCAGCUUUCCCUUUUUUUGUCCAGAAAAAUGUUCCAUCUCUGGCAUGAGUCAAGGAUGUUUCCUCCUUCCCAUGAUUCCCAGGAUGGUUGUUAGUGGGGAGGAAGAUGUUAUCUGUUGCCUCUAGUUCUUCCCUAUGGGAUCUUUGAGUACUACAGUUGGUCAAGAGGGAUGAGGAUCAGGGGAUUGGAAUGGCAUCCCCCUCACAGAGGGGUUGUGGUGGAUCUUACCUAUGAUUCUAGAUGCUGUGGAGUCAUUUAGGCUGAGGUGGACAUUUCCUGUCAGGUUAUAAUUGGAGAGACCUUUUUGACUGGUUUUAAGGUGAAAACAAAAAGUGAGACGCAUUAACAAGGUACAUACAGAAUAGUAGACAAUAUGCGCUUGUGUCUUUCUCUGGGAGACCUGUCCCUGAAUUGCCUGGCAGUUAUUAGAAAGACAGCUUUGGGCAAUUAGGAUCAAAGGCCCUCUGAUGGAUGUACUUUUAGCUUUUUCCCUCAGGGGGAAGGGAAAAGCAAUUCCUAAUACACAAAGACCCUAAUGAGGGGGGUUGGGGAGUAAGACCUAAAUUACAAAUUUAUAAAUAUAUGUAUAAAUGUGUGUAUGCACGGAUAUUCUAUAGCUGGCAAUAUCAGUUCGUUUACAUUCCCCAUAGGAAGGGUAGCAUUUGGCAGUUACAAAAUUCUUAAAUAUCUUUAGAGAUAUUAGAAGAAAGGUCAUAAAAACCACAAAAAUACUAUGAAAUGAAUCCCGGCAGUCGUGGCUUAAUGGGCCCUGUGACACAGGUCCAAGAGCCUGGUGGGCAUAGCAGAGGCUGCAGAGGGGUAAAUGGCAUUCAGAGUCUGAAUUAUGCAGAGCCCCACUGUUGGCACAUCUGAGUGGCUGCUGGGUUUGACCUUGGUUUGAAAGUUAAGCCAGAAUAGUACAGUCAGAGUUCAGCGACAUGAACUUUGGAGUUAAUUUCACAGGCGCUAUAAUUACUCACAUUGUGUAACACUUGAUAGUUUGCAAAGUAUUUUCCUCACAACAUUUUCUCAUUAGUGUCACUGAUGUGUUUUGUUCUUCUGUACCUGUGUCAAUAGGAGCAUCUUUGUAAAACUAAAUGUAAGUAGACUUAGAAAUUUGGAUCUCCAAAACAAGUUCAGAGUACUCUGCUCUUUCCAACCUUUUGUAUCCUAAUGAGUGGGGAGCUUCAGGUCUUAGGACUGACAUUUCUAAAGAGGGAUUUGGGGAAGCAGUGUGUAUGGUAUGGUACACCGUCCAACUGACAGAACUGGAUUUGAGUUCUAGCUUUGUUACUGCUUAGCCCUGUGACGUUUGGGUAAUCUUCAGAUUCCUCAUCUAUAAAAUGAGUGGGUUAGUUUAGAUGGGUUCUCAACUCCCAUCCAGCUCACAACAAUCCAUGAUUCUGUGACUACAAACUUAGGAUGAAUGACAUUCAUUUGCUGCUCCGAACCAAACUGAACUCAAAUAUCCAUGUUCUCUUUCAUAGCAAAUUAAGCUUAUUUUUUGAAAGUGGUUUGGUUUGAGAAAUUAAAUUUUUAAAAAUUCCUUAAGGUAAUUUCAGUUAACAUAAUUGUGUUUAAUUGAAAGUACUAGAUGAAUGUGAGGAUACCAGUUCCAGUGCCCAUAAAGGUAUCAUCAGUGUGAGACUGAGGAGCAUAUUCUGUAAGAUUUACUCGUUAGUCUAAUUUCUUUGAUUGCCGUAUAAACUCAUGGGGUUUUGUUAUCUUCCAUGCCCCUGCCCAGAAGAGUAGUCUUCACUACUCUUCAGGAAAUACUGCUUUUGCAACUGAACUUAGUGUUCUGUGUUGUUGUUUUGUUUUGUUUUUUUAAUUAGAUUGGAUUGGUAGUCUCAAUAAUAAUAACUGGCAUUUAUGUAGCACUUAAGGGUAUGGCAUAGUGGACAAAAAGCUGGCUUUGUAGAUGGGCAGUCUGGGUUCAAGUCUCUGACACUGGUUGUGUGACUCUGGGCGUUGCCCAAGCUAACUCCAGUUUGCAAACUAGUGGCAAAUUUCCAUUGGGAGAGGGUUUGGACUUGAGUUCAGUUUGUGCUACUUGAAUUUCAGUCAUGGCUAUUCAAAUGAAAUCUAAUUGAGUGUCAGAAUGUCCUUUUGAAUGGAAUGAAAGUGCUUAAUGUGUCUUAUGUAUCAUUUUUCUUUUUAGAAUUGAACCUUUUCACCAACACUCAAGGUACUCAGCGUGAAUUUAAAGUGUUAUGUAUAGUAAGAGCCACCAAUGACUGUCUCCCUUUAAUAGCCUCCAUUAGGCCAUUGAUCUGUCCAGUCUCUAGUAUAUAGUUACAUGGUGCCAGUGCUUUGCUCACUAUGACUUAAUCUGUAAAGCAGUUGUUAAUCUCUGUCUCAACUCCAAUGUUAUGCCAAGACCGUGUUGUGCAAUAAAAGUAUGUGUGUCUAAAUUCAAAA